CAAAAAACGUUUAUCAACUACCAGAAACAAAGUUUCAUGUGAUUGCAAAAAAUGUGACGGAAAGAUAGUCGAUCCAAGAACACGAAAGAAAUAUGAAGAAGAACGUCUUCAAUUGGAAUCAUUCUGUAUGCAUUCUAAUCAACUAUUUGAGAUGGAAGAUAGUCUAAUUGAAAAAGGAUCAUCAUAUCCAAUUAAAGAAGGGUCGUCGUCUAGUAAUAUAGAUCCUUACAAUGAAAACGUAGAAGAAGUUGUUCCACUUACUAAAUAUGAUUUGUAUAUAUCUGGCGAAAAUAAGAAAGAUCAUAAUAUUAAUAAAAGAAGAAGGGUUGAUCAUUAUCAAAAAUCAAAUAAAGAAAUCAUAGACCAGCAUGAAAUACUAUCUGAUUAUUUCAGUGAAGAGGGUUCAGUUGAUGAAGAAAUGACUUCAGAAGAUGAUAGUUAUAUGCCAAACGAAGAUGACCUGAUCGUACCCUAA